ACCCAGCGCACUGGCUCUGCCUUGUCACCAUGGGGGGGACGCAGUCGCUGGCGCUGCCCCGGGGGAAGGGACCCCACUGGGUGGGCUGCACGGACGUCAUGGUGGGCCACACACAGCAGGGGCUUUUCCUCCGUCUCUUCUACCCCUGCCUGCCCCGGGCAGGGGCUGAGCCCCCUCUCUGGAUCCCACGUUACGAGUACUGUGGGGGCCUGGCUGACUUUGCUGGGCACAGCCGGCGCUGGUGUGCACCCCUGCUCCAUGCCACCAUCGGCUCCUGCAGGGUGCCGGUGAGCUGGAAUGGAGCUUUCAAGCCCUGCAGCAGAGGGUACCCACUGAUCAUCUUCUCCCAUGGCCUGGGAGCCUUUCGGACCCUCUACUCCUCCAUCUGCUCGGAGCUGGCAUCCUGGGGUUUCGUGGUGACAGCACUGGAGCACAGGGACCAUUCUGCCUCCGCGACGUAUUUCUGCCCGGCGGAGGCAGGGGGAGAGGAGUGGAUCCCCUACCAACGAGUGCCCCAAGGGCAGAAGGAGUUUUAUUUCCGAAACAAGCAGGUCCAUCAGAGAGCGGAGGAAUGUGUGCGAGCGCUCCGGCUCUUCGAGGACAUCAACGGUGGUCAAUCUGUCCAAAAUGUCCUUCACCAGGACUUCGAUCUCUCCACGCUGAAGGGCAGCGUUGAUCUGACCAAAGUGGCCGUCAUGGGCCAUUCCUUCGGUGGGGUGACAGCAGUGCUGGCCUUGGUGAAAGAGCCCAGCUUCAGGUGCGCGGUGGCUCUGGACGCCUGGAUGUUCCCCCUGGAGAACGCGCUCUACCCGGAGGUGCCCAAACCCGUGCUCUUCAUCAACACUGAGAAGUUCCAGACGCCGGAAAGCGUUGCCAAAAUGAAGAGGCUGAGCUCCAGAAACAGCCAGACAAAGAUCAUAACCAUUCUGGGAUCCGUGCACCAGAGCCAGACCGACUUCACCUUUCUCACUGGGAAGCUCCUCAGCCGCAUCUUCAGCGCGAGGGGGACCCUUGACCCCUACAAGGGUCUGGACAUCACCAUCCGGGCGGCUCUGGCCUUCCUGCAGAGGCAUCUCAACCUGGAAGAGGAGUUCCAUCAGUGGGACAACCUCCUCGAAGGCAUCGGAGACUCGGUUGUUCCAGAAGCUCCCUUCUGCCGCUCCAACCUGUAGCUGGUCACUGGUGGGAGCUGGGUACCAGGAAAGCAGCUUAUCCAAAAUGAGCCACACAGGAGCCAACGAGUGCAGGAGGACCCACGGGGAGAGCAGGACCAGGGGACCAUGUUCAUGGGAUGUCUGGUGGUCAGGAUGCUCAGCGAGCGUGCCAGGAGAACCCACCACUGCCUGCAGUGAGGGCUGUGGGUCUAAGGGAAUAAAACCCCUGGGGACAAAGACUGAGUUGGCCAUCACUUGUGCCCGAGGUGACACCCGAGGAGACACCCUUCUUGCACUCUGGGGGUUGAUGCUUCACAGGGCCUGGCUGGGUCUGCUCCAGCUGUGGCACAUCUGGCAGGAGCCGGGGGGGGACACAUUUGCCAUGGACUGGGGAGGGUCGUUCAACCACGGCCAAAAGGUGGUGAAGAGAUGCAGCAUCAGGGCUUCAAGCACAAAGACAAGGAAAAUCUUACCAUCGUCUUGGAAAGCCGGCCAGAUGGCUGACUCAACGCCCAAAACCUGGAGAGAAAAAUAGAAAAAGGAUGGUUUUAAAGAAGGGGUUGGC